AUGCAGUUGGGCGUUAAGAGCGUCAUCAUCGAGCACCCAGACAGCUGGGCCAAGUCGUUGGUAGAUGAGGGCGUCAUCGCCAAAUUCGUCCCCAUCGACAUGUCCCAGGAUGCAGAGGCCGUUUUCGAGCAGUCCCUCGCAGCGAUUCGCGCACUUGGAAAUGAUCCGCUGACACUCGAUGCCGACGCCGUUAUCACCUUCUGCGAGCUCUCCGUUCCAGUUGUGGCGAGGCUGGCAGAAGUGCUGGGCCUUCCAGGCCCCAGACCCCUCUCCGUGGACAAGGCCCGGGACAAACAUCGCACGCGUGCAGAGAUGAAAGCUGCUGGCCUGCCCACCCCCAAGAACAUGCUCAUCAAAGGCGCCGAUGAGCUCAGUGAGGCGAUGAAGACAGUAGGCUUUCCGGCUGUGCUCAAGCCCAUCUCCGGGGCGGCAUCCCUAGGCGUGAAGAAGGUGAGCUCCGAGCAGGAACUGCGAAAAAGCUACGUCGAAAUCAUCUCGGAGCUCUCCAAGCUGGUGGUGUCAAGUGGUGCUCUGACUCAGGAUGAUGGCACUGGAAAGGGCAUCAAGGCUGAGAGUGCGAUGGACUGCACGCUCCUCAUGGAGCAGUACCUUGAUGGGAACGAAGUGGACGUUGACGUAGUCAUGAGCCAGGGCGAGUGGCGCUACGCCGCUGUCACGGACAAUGGGCCGACCCUCGAGCCCUACUUCAACGAGACCUACGCUGUCUGCCCUUCGGUGUUGCCUUCGAAUCGGCAAAAGGAGCUCAAGGAUCUUGCCAUUUCCACCCUGAAAUGCUUGGGCUUUACGGAAGGGGUGUUUCACGUCGAGUGCAAGUAUACCUCGCAUGGGCCCCACCUCAUCGAGGUCAACGCUCGCAUGGGCGGAGGGCAGGUUCACGAAACCAACCUGCGAGUUUGGGGUGUCGACCUCGUUGAGGAGACACUUUUUGUGGCAGCCGGCAUUCCCUGCCGCCCUUUUAUCGCUGACAAGAACCCUCCUGGUGGAGGGGUAGCGUACUGCGACAUCAACGCGGAAGAAAGCGGCACGCUGCAGAAUCUUGACUUCCUGACCUCACUGCAGCAGAAGGAAGGCGUCGUUUGGGCUCGCCCUUACAUUCGCGCAGGAACGGAGGUCGUCGGCCCCAAGGAUGGACUGCCCACCUGGAUCGCCGAGUUUCUUGUACAAAGACCUACGGCUACAGCGGCCUUGGCGUGCUUGCAACGGCACCAGUUAGAAGUCAAGCCUGACAUCCGCUAG